GGCCGGCGGCCCUCCAGACUCCCGUAUAGCCUGACAGCGGUAGGAACUCUGUCGACUUUUAGAAUCAGAUUUACAGGCGGGCCAGUAGUCUUGAGUUUUGUCACUCUCCGCAGUUUGCCCGAAACCUAAUUUCGUAUCCGCGAAAAUAUCGCACGGUUAUAACGAGUUCAUCACCUGCCCACGUGACCAUGACACCCAAGACCGCCUUCGCAAUCAUUACCGGACUCCUCGUGGCGACCCAAGUUCUCGGAUAUCCGCCGCAGGAUCGACUCAUGCCAGAUGGAGCACCUGUUCCUGAGGGCGCUGGCGCCCAUGAGGAUUCCGUAGCGGCCGCAUCCGAGGCCGGAGGCGACGAGUACGACGAUUCUGAUAUGUACAUGGAACCGGAUGGGGCGGAAUCGAGUCUCGGUGACCAGACGUCUGCGUCGGCACAGCACACGGUGAACGAGGAGGCGAUUGCCAUCGUGGACGAGACGCUGCCUGAGGUCCUUGGUAAGCUGGAGGACCGGGCCGAGGUCCUUCCAUCGUCGGAGAACGCGGGGCUGCGCAGAGAGUUCGUGGACAAGAGCCUAGAGUCGGAGAGUCAAAACUUCUUCCCGAGUUUCGCCCAGCUCUUCACCAACCAUCGACUCCCUUACGAGGAACAGCAGCAGCAGCAGCACUACAGGCCUAACAGGUUCCUGGGAUACUUCCAGAGAGAACGCGAUGCCUACAAUGCACCCGCUGAGGACCAGCCCCAUCCUCUUCUCGGCUCCGGAAACUUCGGCGUCAUUCGGGGAGGGACCUACUACAGUGACGAUAAGGACAAGGACGAGUACUCCGUUGGGGAAACCCUUUUCAACCCUUAUUUCCACGGACUGAACCCCCGCGCGAAGUCGAACUACUACAGGAACCCGAAACCGCAGCCGGUUCGCGGUGGUGACUUUUUCGCAAACUUCCGGGACUUCGCCGACAUCACGGCGCCACCCAAGUCCAGCUUCUCUCACUUGUCCAUUGUCUAUGCGAAUAAGAAUGGGACUGCGGACCGCGUCGCUGAACCCAGAAACAUCAUCGAGACCCUCAGGAUGCUCGAGGAAGAGUCAGAGCUUACCACCACCGAGAUUCCGCAGAAGAAAAUCAGCAAUGGCAAGCGGAAGCUGCUGAAGCUUAAAAAGUACCAAGAAGACAAGUCCAGGAAGUCUCGCAUGGCCGUCGAACCUCUUCUCGCACUGAGUUGAACGUGAAAAGCGAAGCGACGGUCCCAACUACUCCGGGACACACGAGACUUGCUGAGGGAUGCAUCCCACGUAAACUGGCCUUGAUCGGAACCAAAGUCUGACCCUUCGACCCUUUGACCUCGACCUCUUCAUCCGUCAGGAGCAACGUCGUUUUUAGAUGAAACGCGAGUAGAGAGGAUUAGGAAUCGGGAACCACUCGCAAGCUUCGCUCGCAACAAAACGCAACGACGAAAUGUCAGGACUUUAAAAAUCAUAUAGAUCCCUCCAAUGUUCUGGUUGUUUCAAAUAUUGCUGACUCGCGCCGCGUUGUU